AUGUUUAAGAAGUUCACAAAAGAAGAUAUUCAUUCCCGGUCUAACAUCAAGUCGUCGGCCCAGAGAGGCUUGAAGUCCAACUUCGUGGGACAGUUUGAGGACUUGGAGCCCAUCAUCGAUACCAUAAUACCAAAGAAGUCCCAGGUUAUAUUGAUCAAAUGUGAGGACAGAAUCCAAUUAUACUCAAUCGAUAAUGAGGUGGUUUUAUUCCAACACUUCGACUCCAAUUUGAUGCCCCACCUUAGACUUGUCCACCAGUACCCCGAAUGUUUCCCCAGGGUCCAGGUCGACCGUGGUGCCAUCAAGUUUGUGUUAUCGGGAGCUAAUAUCAUGUGUCCUGGAUUGACCAGUGCCGGUGGACAAUUACCCGAAGAAAACCUUGACGAAGGAUCCAUUGUUACUGUUUAUGCCGAAGGAAAAGAACAUGCUUUGGCAAUUGGUAAGCUUAUAAUGAGUGUUGAUGAUAUUAAAUCUAAAAACAAAGGGCAUGGUAUCGAGUUGGUCCAUUUCUUGGGCGAUGGCUUGUGGAACAUGCGUGAAUAG